AUGUGGAUUUUUGACAUGACAUGUAACAUGUAUUUUUUUAUUUGAAUACAGUUUUGAGGUUAUAUUAAAAUGAUUAAAAUUUAAUUUAUCGCAAGUUGCUGGAGUUGCUGCUCGGAAAGUGUUCGACGAACACGCAUAUUUAAUUGUUAAGAUUGCCUUAUUCAUAUAAAAUAUGUUAAUAUAAUCAUGACGCUUAUUGCUGUAAGUAAAAACAACAUUGUCGUAUCCAAGGGAAUCUAUGUCGAUUGUUACGAUUAUUCAAAACACCAUGUUUUAAAAAUCACAUCAGGCACACCAGGUGAAGAGGAAAACAUCACUGAUAUCGUUUUAUCGUUUGAUGGGCAACUUCUAGCAGUGUUAUUGCCCAAAAUAAUAAUCAUAUAUGACCUACCACAUUUAAAGAAUAUCAAAAAAUUUGUACUGCCUAGAAGUGCUAGUAAAAUAAGGUUUGGUGUAAAUAACUCAAACAUAUUUGUAGCAGAUAAAACUGGAGAUGUGUUGAACUUUGAAUUAAAUGAAGAUAGUGGAACUAAACUUCUUGGCCAUUUAAGUCUUUUAUUGAAUGUCUUGCAAACCAAUGAUGGUAAAUACAUUAUAACCUCAGACAGAGAUGAAAAGAUUAAAGUAUCAUGUUAUCCAAAUACCUACAAUAUUCAAACUUAUUGUUUGGGCCAUAAAGAAUUUGUUAAUCAUAUAGAACUUGUCCAAAACACAGAUGGUCACUUGACAAGCACUUCUGGUGAUGGAACUGUUAAAUUCUGGAACUAUAUCAAUGGAACACUUUUAUACACUAUUGACACAUACAUGGACAUAAAAAAUAAUGAUGAAAUAAAAGAAGAGUUCUGUAAGAUAAUGGACGAAGAAGGGAUAGAAAUAAAUAGUUUGCCGAUUGUAGAUUACACAAUUACUAAGCUGAAUGAUGUUUCUAGUCUUAUAGCAGUUGCUAUACAUUCUUACAUGAAAAUAUUGGUCUAUCAAAUUUCCUUUAUAAAUGAACAGUUUUCACACAGUCUAGUGAAAGAUAUUACAGUAAACAACUUUCCUACUGCUAUCAAAUUUCAUAACUUGACACUAUUUGUGUAUGAUGGUGUAGAUUCUGUAAUAAAUGAAUACAAAGUUGAAAUUAAUAAUGAUAAUAUUUUUUUAAAUCUAAAUGACACAAUAAAAGUUUUUGAAAAUAUGGAAGUCCAAUUAAGUGUACAUGAUCAUAGCUCAAUUAAAUUAUUAUUUAAGAGAAAAUUUGAUAAUGUGCAAGAAUAUCAAGAAAGAAAAAAGCAGAGACUAGAAAAGCCUAUUGAGUAGGAUAAUAAUUAGAAUUAAAAAAAAUUAUAAGAAAAAUCCA